ACGUUAGGUAACAAAUUUAUAAUAGAUAUAAUUUUUCACAUUUUUGCGCAUUCACUCAUUUGUAAUAAUAUUUCAUUAAAAUAUCCACGCUACUACGUCACUGGCGUAAAAAACCGUUCACAAAACCGUCAGCUGUUUCCUGUCUAAGACUGUGCUUGUGGAGUUUGUUCAAAUAUCGUCCUAACAAACUUAGCAAAAUUAAUAUGUCCCACGUUAAAAUCCAAGUAUUUAUAGGGAAUAUCAUUUACUGGCACGGAAGUAAAAAAUCAGAAAUUAUAGUAUUACAAAACGGCUUUGUUACGGUGCAAGGAAAAUCGAUUGUAUCAAUCGGAACAGAAUUCAAUAUUCAAUGUAUGGCGAGCGAUUUCAAACUUAAUAUUGAUGCUGACGUUGAGAUAAACCGCUUAACAGAUUCUCAAAUCCUUAUUCCUGGAUUAAUAGAUGCUCACGUACAUGCGCCGCAGUAUCCUAAUGCAGGUCUUGGAUAUGACAAAGCCCUGCUAGAGUGGUUGGAUUGCUACACGUACAAACUUGAAAGCCAAUAUAAAGAUCUAGACUUUGCGAGGGCUGUUUUUGACCGCAUCGUGAGGAAAACUUUGGAUUGUGGUACAACGACCGCAUGUUAUUUUGCAUCUCUUUUUUCGGACGCUAGCCUUAUCCUUGCCGAUUCGUGUAUAAAUCACGGCCAAAGAGCAUUUGUGGGCAAAGUGAGUAUGACCAAGUCUCCUUUGGCAGAUUACGUCGAAACCGAAGAAGAAUGCGUAGCAAAUGUUAUUAAAUUUGUUAAUGACAUCAUAUCACGAAAUGAGGAUUUAGUUAAGCCAAUAAUAACUCCAAGGUUUGCUUUGAGUUUAAAUAUGAAUGAAAUGGCGGAACUUGGUCGAAUUGCAGCGAACAGCGAUUUACACAUCCAGACCCACGUUUCGGAAAAUCGCGAAGAAGUGGAAUUGGUGAGGGAUAUUUUUAAUCUGUCCUAUGCGGAAGUUUACGACGAAACAUCCUUGUUGACCAAAAAAACUAUUUUAGCCCACGGAAUAUAUCUUACAGAUGAUGAAUUGAAACUGAUUUCUAACAGAGGUAGUUCAAUUGCACAUUGUCCCGAAUCCAACACUUGCCUCAAGUCGGGAUUGUGUGAUGUAAAACGACUCCAUAGUUUUGGUGUAAAUGUUGCUUUGGGAUCAGAUGUUUCCGGUGGUCCUUUGCCUUCGAUUAUCAGAGCUAUGAGGUCAGCUUUGGACGUUUCUGUACAUUUAUCGUUUCAGAACGAAAAUUAUGAACCGUUAACUUACCGAGAAGCAUUUUAUUUGGGGACUUUGGGUGGUGCCAAAGCACUGGGAAUAGAUGAUAGAGUGGGGAGCUUUGAAGUCGGAAAAGAAUUUGAUGCGCUUAUAGUAGAUAUGGCCACUGGGAGCAGUAGUUGUGAUUAUUUAGUACCAUGCGAUCCGCUGGAAUUGUUGCAAAAGUUUAUUUAUUUGGGAGACGACAGGAAUGUCUUGAAGGUGUACGUAAGCGGAAAAUGUGUAAAAUAAAAUAUCUAUUUAAAACUUAUGUGUUGAUUUCU